CUGGCUCCCUACAGCUCACCGGUCUAUUUCAGCGAAUCAUAACGCCGUGGGCGGGGCUAAAGAUGAAACAGCGGAAGAUUCAAAACGAAGAUGGCGGCUGAAACUGAAAAGUAUCUCCAAAACAAUCACAAACUGGACAGAAGGGGGACAAACUGCAGUGUGUUUAAUAGACAGGAAAAGCCAAACUCAAGCCAGCCUGUGAUCUUUAACCCAGAUUUCUUUGUGGAGAGGCUGAGAUAUGAGUAUCCACAGGCCUUCACGGAUUUGGUACUUAGCAAUAUCACUCGACUCAUAGACCUUCCAGGGGAUGAGUUUUCCCAGCUCACAGGAGAGUCUGAGCUCAGGGUGCCCUCCGCCAGUGGAUUUCUACGUUCCUUCAACUUCCUCAAACGAAAAGACAAAGGAGUGAUUUUUGGUGCACCGUUAACUGAAGAAGGAAUAUCACAGAUCUUUCAGCUCAUUGAAUACCUGAGUAAAAACCUUCAUGUGGAGGGGUUGUUCCGUGUGCCAGGCCACAGCCUAAGACAGGCAGCCCUGAGGGAGAUGCUGAAUGCUGGGGCAGAGAUAGAUCUAGAGACAGGCGACUUCCACCCUAAUGAUGCAGCCACGUUGCUCAAAGCCUACCUGGGAGAGCUGCCAGAGCCUCUGCUCACGCACAGACACUAUCAUGCUCAUCUGAAGAUUGGAGAGCUGACUCGCUUUGAUGAUAAAGGAGAGAAGACGAAUGUGCCCGACAAGGAACGCCAGAUUGAGGCAUUUCAGCUCCUUUUCAUGCUGCUUCCACCAGCCAACCGCAGCCUGUUGAAGCUGCUGCUGGACCUGCUGUACCACACUGCUCGCAAUCAGAACAUCAACAAGAUGUCCGCUAUCAAUCUAGCCACAAUGUUUGCUCCACACAUCAUCUGGCCCAAGAAUGUGACGGCAAGUGAUCUACAAGGAAACAUCGAGAAACUGAAUAAUGGCAUAGCGUUCCUCAUCAGGCACUCUCAAAAACUGUUCAAGGCACCUGUAUAUAUCAAAGAAUAUACCCGCCUAUACUUCACAGGAUCAAAAAGUCUUCUAUCAAAGGAUGAUUUGACGCUCUGCUCUGGGACUAAUGAUGGGCCCAUGCCUGCUGUUACAGCUGCCUCCCCUUCUCCCUCCAUGAGAACAAUCAGAGGUGAGGUCAGGUCAUCUGAGACUCAAAGUUAUACUGAAUCUGCCCUCAGAGAGCUGUACCAACAGGUCAGCCACAUGCCUGAGUCUGCCAAAAAGAAGAAACUCAUCAGACAGUUUGAAAAGCAGCCUUUGCUGACACCUUCGGCUGACUCACGGACGCCAUUCAGAAGGAAACAUUGGCGUUCACGCUCUUUAGGUGGAAUUAUCAAGCACUACCCUCUAAAUCAGUAUCCAUCUACCAGUAAUGAAAAUGUGUUCAUGAAACAGCGGAAGGUGUUGGGAAGCCAAGUAUUAACAGAGAAAGAAAACAGACGGCAGAGUCCUCAACCCAGCGAUUCAGUUGAUGUCCAGGGAAAGGAAAACACCACCUUUGGAGGAGAUUAAUCAUCUUUAAAAGAAUGGUCUCUUCAAGGAAACAUCAGUCUGACUGUUAUGUCAGGGGUAUUAAAGGAUCUUAAAGGAUCUUCUUGAGGCGUAAACUGUGUAAUGUUUAGAUUGACUCAGCUGCCCACAAACUUAAGUUUAAGUCUUAAAGGUUAGUAAGACAGCAAAGAAAUCACCAGAAGUGUUUUAAGGGACAUAAAAUGGACAACAAUGAGGAUGUUACACUCUUUAUUUUACGUCAAUGCAAUUUACCAGUUUUCUUACCCAGUCUGCAGGAGUUUCAUCUUAAUUUCCUUAUUUCUUGGUCAAUGUUCUGCAGGCUGAAAGUGAUGUGUUUUUUUGUGAAUAUUUGGCUUUAUCAUUGACUGACUGAAUGUGUUUAUUUUAUUUGCAAACCUGAUUGUAUUUAUUUUUUAUUGAUCAUCUUAAUUUUUUCAAGAAUCCAGUGCAUUGGAUAUAUUGGUAAUGUGAUAUGCAGGCUGUUCUAUUUAAAGGUUAAAUUUAUUUGUAAGUUGUAUUACAUUUAGUUAGAAUCGCACGGUCAUUGCAGACCGUUGAAGACUUUUAUCUAAAAGGUGGUAGAUUCAGAAAUGUGCCUUAAAGUGAAUAUAUCUUAACUUUGUUAUGCAAUUUCUAUUAUUUUCCUUUAAGUUCCUGAUAGCUUUAAGAGUAUGCUGAAAUUUCUAUAAAGAAUUCAAGUGUCGGUGAAAUAAAGGAGUGAAGAGUUACAGAGAAUGGAGGGAGUGAAAGGCCACAGGACCAGCUCAGAAGCAUUAUACAAACAUUUUUGUUUUCACUUUAGCUCAAAUCUUGGGUUUAAACGCUGUGAUAUUUUAUACUAGAGCUACUUUGAACUAAAAUCUUUUGCAUCUUAAAUUUUAGUUUUUCUCAGGCCAGUUUUUAUCCUUAUGCAAUAUUGUAUACAAAUUGAUAGCUGUGUUUGUAUCUGUACAGUUUUAUUGUGUAUUUUUAUGUUUUUUUUUAUUUGGUUAGUUCGAGUGAAUCUGUUGUUUGCCUUCUAUUGUGGUUGCUAACCCAGGUGUUUUUUGGUAGAGCUUGAGCCGCUGCCACUUUUAAAACCUCCUUGUUGUCUUACUCUUUCAAUGCAGUUUUCAGUUCAGUGGUCACUCUGCCAAGCUGUUACCAAUACUACAUUAUGUGAUAAUCGCCGCAUGUUCAACGACUAUGUUACACUGAUGAUAUUGAUGCUACUGUGAAACUAUGCAACUCACUGUAAUUAAAAGACAACAAGCUA